CCCUAAAAUUUGUUUAAAAAAAACUAAAACCCUUCAAAUUUUGGUUGAGGGAUGGCACCGUGAAUAACACCGGCAAAGAACAGUUCCGGCCGAAAUUUCAACGGCGGCGAUGGAUAGGAUCGGAACUUUUCCCGACGAGAUCCUCACCCACAUCCUCUCAUUCGUUCCCACCACACAAGCCAUAGCCACAAGCAUUCUUUCAAAGCGAUGGAUUCAUCUAUGGCGUCACGUUCCCCUUCUUCAUUUCAGCGACACGAGAUUGAAAAACCUAGCAGACAAUUAUCGCUUCAACGAAUUCGUGUACAAAAUUAUACUCUCCCGAGAAGCCGCCGGUAAUCAUUCCAUCAACGGUUUCUUCCUCGACAUUGAAUAUUUUUACCCUAAACUCGCUUUUUGUCCUAGCAAUCCCAAUAUCACAAAUUGGGUGGAUUAUGCAGUUGAAUGCAAUGUUCAACAUCUUGAUCUCUAUCUCGAUGUUCUUCGUAAUGUGGAUAAACAUCGAAAUCGAAAAUUCCCUAAAUUGCCUUUUAGUGUAUUCAAUUGUAGAACCCUAGUUUCUCUCAAGCUUCAUUGGUUCCAUGUGAAGGAAUGUUUUUCCUUUGAUUUUGUUGGAUUUCCAUCACUUAAAGUGCUUCAUUUGAAAGAAAUCUACUUUGAUGAAUAUGAAGAAUUUAUUUUGCUUCUAGCUGGUUGUCCUGUUCUUGAAGAUUUAGAUGUAUUUGAUGUCAAUUUUGGCGGUUUGGAAACUCUUCUUGAGUUUGAUAAUGUUUUUAAGAGCUCAAGCUUAAGCAAUUUGACUACAGCAUAUAUCAGAGGCUGUUGUUGUGAUUUUUGGUUGAAAGCACUUUCAAAUCUGAAGUUUCUGAACAUAGACUUUUUGAAGGGCGAUGGCCCUAAUAUUUUCCCUAUCUUCCAUAAUUUGACCCAUUUGGAGCUUAACUAUGAUUGGUAUAGAGUUGUGGAAGUGCUCCAACACUGCCCUAAGCUUCAAAGGUUUGACUUUCAUCAGAAGUUACCAAGUGGUUCGGAUGAGUACUCUAUAGAAAAUUGGGAAGAUCCAGAAUUUGUUCCAUGUUGCCUUUCAUCAAACCUUACAACUUGCACUCUUUGGGGCUUUUCACUCACAAGCUUACAAGGUGAGUUAACGGUAGCAAGAUAUAUUCUAAAGAAUGCAGCUGUUUUACAAACCAUGAUAAUUUGGUGCAUCGGGGAACGAUCACCUGAAUUAGAAAGAAAUUUGUCCUCAUGCCCUAGGGCCUCUGCAACAUGCCAACUUUCAUUUAAUUGAUAUUGUAUAUGAUUGUUUCACUUUCAUUAGCUUCUAUUAUUCAAUUUUUAGAUUUUGGUUUUUAAACUAUGAGCUAUAUAGGAAUGUCAUAGACGUUGUCUCGGUGCAUAAGUUAGAGACAAUUGAUCCUUAAAUGAUUUAGCCUGUACUUGCAUGAUCUUGAUGAAGACUUGGUUAUUGACA